GAGUCAUUUUGUAACUUUUAAUACUGAAAACUCCUAAUUUCUCUGUUAUAAAGGUCAAGAUCUCAAAAUCACGUAUUUUCCGUGUUGUAGAUUUCACCUCGACAAGAAGGAAUGUUGUUUACAUGGAAGACAAGCAGAGGGAGUCCUACUUCAGAACUUAUAUAGAUGUCCCCGUCUCUCAAGUCAAUACUUUCUUGGACAUUCAAUUUAACAAAUCAAAGGAACUAUUCUGUGGUGUUCUUACGUCGACGGCCCAGGAUUGAGAAUGACGCAUGUCAUGUUUACCUUCUAGUCAAGUGUCUCUUUGCACAGUGGCGUAAAAAUCAACAACGUUAAAUUGUUCUGAUGUAGCCAGGGCGAGCGUAGUGGAUUUAUCACACACCUUCUAGAUCUAGACUUGCAUACGUAUAGUGGCCAGGAGUAUGUGUACUGUGUGGGUCUGGCGACAGCGUAGACUUGGAGAUCCACGUGACCCACAGCAGACGUGGCUAGUACGUUCUGUGUAUGGGAUAGUGAGGCAUGCAUGAGAGAAUUUGAUACGAGACAGGUCGCCAUCAUGAAGAGACUUUAUCUAAAAACAAAGAUCUGGUUGUCAAGGAAAAGAAACAAUUUUAUAUUAAUAAUCGUUGCUCUACUCGUCACAAUAUUUAUUUGGUUGGACGGAUUCAGUUCUCAGGAAAGUGAGUAGUCAGGUUUUUUUUUACAAGUACUUAUCUCAACUUCACCUAUCCCUAUCAAUAGUUCAGGUUUAUAUCUGUAUAAACUGGGUAGCAACCCUCUACUAUACGUAAAGGAGAGUUUUAACUAAGUAAAAUGUUCAUAUUUCCAAAUCUGAACUAGUUUGAAGUCAAUGGCGUUGUGUCAUCCUCUUCACAAGACGGAAGGGGGAAACUACUGCUGCAACAAAACAAUCUCAACAAAAUUCGCUGGUAUACAAAACAUUGUCUACAAAACAGUUUCCCGAAUGAAAAAAAAAAGACUAAACGUACUAGCUUUAAUUGAUAUUCAUUUCGUAAAUUUGGAUUCCAAACAUAUUCAAAUAUAUAUAAUAACAAGCAAAUGAAUAUUUGAACAUCUUUGGAAAAGAAAAUGAAAUCUCGCUUAUCUUUUGGAAAAGAAAAUGAAAUCUCGCUUAUCUUUUGGAAAAGAAAAUGAAAUCUCGCUUAUCUUUUGGAAAAGAAAAUGAAAUCUCACUUAUCUUUUGGAAAAGAAAAUGAAAUCUCGCUUAUCUUUUGGAAAAGAAAAUGAAAUCUCGCUUAUCUUUUGGAAAAGAAAAUGUAAUCUCGCGUAUCUAUGGAAAAGAACAUUGCGAUCUCUGAAUAAAAAAGACAAAAAAAAAAAAAAGAAAUUGUGGUCAUCAUUGAAAAAAAAAAGAGAUUUUGGUCAUCUUUGGGUACGUAGCAAUGGGGCCUUUUACUUACAGGUGUAUGAGAAAUAGAUUUUUCUUUCUGUAACUUUUUGUAUCUAGUGUCUUAACUCUGACAAUGUAACACGCUUUUACUUGCAUUGAAUAGCAAUGAAAACUUUGAACGCUUGACCAGCAUUGGGCGCUGUAAAAACACGUUCAAUAAAUUUAAUACGAAAAAAAAUGUCUCCUUUUAUUUAACAGUUUCACUAGUAAAAGGUGUUGACUUAGGCAUUGACCUGGCGGCUAUAUCAUCGAUCAAUAUAGGAAACAGCUCUCUGUUGGUCAAUAAUACCUACGCCCAAAGAAAGCUUCAAGCUCUCAAAGUGUGCAUGUCAAAGAAAGGAAUCCCAUGGCCACCAAAUUACAGUAAGGUUCCCAGGCUUAAGGACAGUCCACUUAUCUCCAAAAAAUACAAGUUGACCUUCUGUCCUGCUGGGAAAGUAGCCUCAUCUUUUUUUACCAGAUAUAUGAUGGUUAUGGAAAGCAAUGGCACACUGACGUCACCUUAUGACAUUCCAAUUGCAGAGGCUGGCAGAGAGAGGGUGAGCAGUCUCAAAUCUCUGAAUAAAAGUGGCAACAUGCUAUCAUUCCUCCAGUCUUCCACAAAAGUCGUGUUCGGAAGAGACCCCUACUCUCGCAUCCUCUCGGCCUACAUCGACAAGAUGUUCUCGCCAAACCCCUUUUACUGGAAGCAUUGGGGGGAGAGAACUUUGAAAAUGUUGCGGAUCGAUAAGACCAAGGGCCGGUGCGCCUCAAACGUGACCUUCGCCCAGUUUCUCGUUUACGCGCUGAAUGAUCUGAGGAAGACUGACGUGCACCUGAUGCCAGUCUCCACCUUGUGCAACAUGUGCGGAAUCAUCUACGACGUCGUCGGCAAGCUGGAGACGGUGAGGGAAGAUCUGGACUACCUGUCUAGGAAGCAUAACAUCUCGUCUGCUUUUCAGUACGCUAAGGAUUACAAGCUCUCCGCGUCAAAUGACGUUCUGUACGACUCUGUCACCAGCGCCUUCGCUUGGAAGUCGGAUAUCAAGCGGUGCAUUGGCUUAGACGAGAUGGGGCUGCGUAUUUGGAGGAAGCUACAGCUUCGAGGGAUUAUCGACAGCCGAAUUUCCUACCCUUUCAAAUCUGGGGAACUCGAGAACAUGACAGCUGAGACCUUCAUCUCUUUCUGCCAGGAAGCCAUCAAAGCUUCCACGGACAGCGCUCAGCUGAAAAAGCAGAAAGUGCGCGUGUUCAUGGAAGCCUACGGCUCCGUCAGGAAUGUACUCCUCCAGAAAAUCAGCGCCAACUACGGAGAUGACUUUGAUAUGUUUGGCUACGAUCCAACUCCAGAUAUGUUUGAAAAUCUGAACCAGUUUAAGGAACCUAGGUUUUUACAAUGGGACAAACAUUGGUUGGUAUAGAAGCGAUAGUAAGAAAUAAUUUAUCACAUUCCAUCUCUCUCGUCUGACAUGUUGUUUAUGUAAGCUACCUAAAUAGUUAUUUCCUCAAAGACAGGCUCUGGGAAACAAAUGGUGUUCUUCUCAACACUUGGGAAUGCCAACUUCUUAGCUUAUUUUUCUAGAUAAUUGAUAACUACAUCAUUAAAGGAAACUAACUUGCUAUUGCUGUCCAGUAUGUAGCAUGUCACUUUAAACACAAACUGAUCAAAUUACA